CCUGUCCCUCCUGGAUCUAUCACUGGUCCUCCUUUGCUCCCCCAGUGAGAUUUCAAACCGUAUCUCUGUGCUCUCUCAUCUCCCAUCACUCUUGUCCGAAAGAGUCUUUGAGGUUUUUUCGUCUUCUGUCCUUUCAUCAUCUUUCUCCUUCCUGGAAGAGAGGGGUUCUACGCCUUACCUGUCCUCCUCUACAGGCACAUUACUCUAAAGACACCUACCUGCUUCUUUUGACUUCUUGACGCUUUUUUCUUGGGACGAGGCGCAAGAUGCCAGAGCCCACAAAGAAAGAUGAGAUGGCGAAUGGCCAGCCAGAAGAAAGUGUUGCCCCAGAAAGUAACGGUGCCAUGCCCCUACCUGAGAUUACCCUGGAGGUUUCUCCACCAACAGAUGAGGAUUCUGCUGCAACCGCUACCCCAUCCCCAACACCCCAUGCAGAAAGUGUUACCCCAGUGAGUAAUGGUGCCAUGCCCCUACCUGAGAUUACCUUGGAGGUUUCUCCACCGACAGAUGAUGAUGCUGCUGCAGCCACUACCCUAUCCCCAAAACCCCAUGCAGAGGAUGCCAUUUCACUCAAGAAACUCUCAAUUGAGCUGCCUCAUGAUAGCGUCCCUGUGCCAGCCAUGGGGAGAAAAGACUCAGUGUGGUCUCUGGGAGACGGCCAGGGCCCAGAUGACCUGGAAAAGCCUAUUGACAGCCCACCAAGGUCCACCCUACUGAUAGAGAGUCCACAAAGCGCCACUAUCCCUGUGGGUGGAGACAUCACCUUUGUUGCCAAGGUAGAGGCCAAAGAUCUUCUCCGCAAACCCACUAUCAAAUGGAUCAAAGGAAAAUGGAUGGAUCUUGCUAGCAAGACAGGAAAGCACUUACAGCUGAAAGAGACCUUUGAACGACUGACCAAGAUUCACACAUUUGAGAUGCACAUCGUCAAAGCCAAAGACAACUAUGCAGGAAACUACAGGUGCGAAGUCACCUACAAGGACAAGUUUGACAGCUGUUGCUUUGAAUUGGAAGUUAAAGAAGCUGAGGGCUCACAGAAUUUUGAUAUCCGAUCAGCUUUCAAAAGAAGCAGUGAAGGACAAGAAGAUGCAGGGGAACUUGACUUUAGUGGUCUCCUUAAACAUAGAAAUCAAAGGGAGCCCAAAGCGGAUGAAGGUCCAGAUGUUGAUGUGUGGGAGAUCCUGAAGAACGCCCGGCCAGAUCAGUAUGAGAAGAUUGCCUUCAUGUAUGGCAUCACAGAUCUGAGGGGUCUGCUGAAAAGGAUGAAGAAGAUCACAAGAGUGGAGAAGAAAACUGAAGCUUUUGCCAAGAAACUGGAUCCAGCAUAUCAGGCAGAUAAAGGUGGAAAGAUCCGCAUGGUGGUUGAUCUGGCUGACCCCACAGUUGAGCUGAAGUGGUACAAGAACGGACAGGAAAUCAGAUCCAGUCCAAAUCAAAGAAAGUAUAUCUUUGAGCAUAAGGGCACACAAAGGAUUAUGGUCAUCAACAACUGCUCCUUGAAUGAUGACGCAGCUUAUUCUGUAGCUGCUGGAGACGAGAAUUGUGCCACAGAGCUGUUUGUCAAAGAGUUGCCAGUUAAGAUAGUUAAAAACAUUGAGCCGGUGAAGACCACAGUGAACGAGAGGAUUGAGCUGGAGUGCGAGGUGUCAGAGGAAGGCGCUCAGGUCAAAUGGAUGAAGAAUGGUGUUGAGGUUCCAACUGGAGUGCGCUCCAGAUACCGAGUUAAGUGUGAGGGAACAAAACAUUUCUUGGUGAUUGAUGACGCCUCCCGGGAGGACACUGGGACAUACUCCAUCAUGGCUACCGGUGGCACAUCUGAGGCCCGCAUACAGGUUGACUUGAAACCGCUGAAGAUAUUUCAGGACUUGCAAGAUAUGAAGGUGAUGCUGGGGCAACCCAUCAAUCUGCACUGUGAGAUUUUCCCAGGCAACGUCGCAGGUCGUUGGUACAGGAAUGGACAGCUGAUCCAGCCUAAUGACCGCAUCAACAUCGUACACAAAAAUAAGGUCCAUCGUCUUGAAGUUGCGACCAGCACUCUUCAUGACACAGGGGAUUACACUUUUGUGCCUGAGGGAUAUUCACAGAGCCUCUCUGCCAAAAUUCACAUCAUUGACCCACCGAGGGUGCACUUGGAGAGUUUGAACUUUCCAGACAACACAGUGACAAUUGUGGCAGGAAACAAACUUCGCCUGGAGAUCCCCAUUACUGGAGAACCAGCGCCCAGGGUGGUGUGGAUGAAGGGAGAAAGGGUGAUUCUUGAGUCUGGCAAUCGUGUCCGAGCUGAAACGUAUGGCGACCAGACCAGCCUUACAAUUGAUGUAACAGAGCGGGAGGACACAGGCAACUACAAGAUAGUCCUGCAGAAUGAGGCUGGUGAAGCAACAGCCAGCGUCAAGGUCAAGGUUGUAGACAUCCCUGACCCUCCGGAGGCUCCCUUGGUCCCAGUUGUUGGCGGUGAUUGGUGCUCCAUGACAUGGGAACCACCAAAAUAUGAUGGAAGUUCUCCAAUAUUAGGCUACUACAUCGAGAGAAAGAAGAAACAGAGCUCCAGAUGGAUGAGACUGAACUUUGAUCUGAUUAAAGAAACAUCCUUCGAACCCAAGAAGAUGAUUGAAGGAGUGCCAUAUGAAGUGCGGAUCUUUGCAGUUAAUGCUAUAGGCUCGUCCAGGCCCAGUGAACCAUCCAAAGCCUUUACCCCUCUCGCUGUGACCAGUGAGCCAACAAUGCUGGUUGUGGACGAUGUCACCGACACGACAGUUACAGUAAAGUGGCGUCCUCCUGAAACCAUCGGAGCUGCCGGUCUGGACGGAUACUUAGUGGAGUACUGCGUAGAAGGAACUGAUGAUUGGGUAGUAUCCAACAAUGAGUUGACCGAGAAGACCAAGUUUACCAUCACUGGGCUGACUCCAGGGACUAGAAUCUUAGUUCGAGUCAAAGCCAUCAAUGCUGCCGGAGCCAGCUCUCCACGGACCCUUCAGCAUCAUGUCAUGGUCAAAGAGGUUAUUGAACCACCCAAGAUCCGCGUUCCCCGACACUUGAAGCAGACAUACACUCGUAGAGUUGGAGAGGCGGUGAACCUUGUGGUGCCAUUUAUGGGCAAACCCAGGCCAAAAGUCAACUGGCUGAAAGAGGGCCAGCCCAUAGAGCCUACCCACGUCAACAUCCGCAACACAGACUGUGACAGCAUCAUCUUUAUCCGUAAAGCAGAGCGCAGCCACUCCGGAAAGUAUGAGAUGACUGUUCAAGUUGAAAACCAUGUGGACACGGCCAUUCUUGACAUACAAGUUGUAGACCUACCUGGGCCUCCUCAAAGUGUCACGAUUGAAGAUGUUUGGGGAGGAAAUGUAGCUCUGGUCUGGACUCCUCCAAAGGACAAUGGCAACGCCCCAAUAACAGGCUACACCAUUCAAAAAGCAGACAAGAAAACAAUGGAAUGGUUCACAUGCAUUGAGCACUACCAUCGCUCAUGCAUCACCAUCACAGAGCUGGUGGUAGGGAAUGAGUACUUCUUCAGGAUCUUUGCUGAGAACAUGUGUGGCCUAAGCGAAACUGCCACGCAAAGUAAAAAAAGUGCCCUCAUCGUCAAAGAAGGCAUGCAGGUGAAAACGCACGAGUUCACGGACCACGACUUUAUGGAGGCACCAAAGUUCACACAGCCGCUGAUCAACACUUUUGCUAUUGCCGGCUACAACGCUACUCUAAACUGUAGUGUCCGUGCCAACCCAAGGGCUAAAGUGGUCUGGAUGAAGAAUAAGAUAACCAUCCUGGACGACCCACGGUACCGCAUGUUUAGCAACCAGGGAGUAUGUACUCUGGAAAUCAGGAAGCCCAGUCCCUACGAUGGCGGCACGUACACUUGCAAGGCCGUCAACGAUCUGGGUGAGGCCCAAGUGGACUGCAAGCUGGAGAUCAAAGUCCAAACUCAAGAAUUAUGAAUGUAUGUUCUCAUAUAAGGAGGCUUCACCUUCUUCGAGCUCAUGCAACGCGGAGUGCCCCUACACCUGAUUGACAAGUACAUGAACGAGAAGGUUGUGGAGCCACAGAAGUAACAUUGGAUAGACUGCUAUGAGACACUUUUGCUUUACAGACAUUUGCUGCCAGUAGUGAUCCUCUUCUCUCUACUGCUGAGAUCUGGAGGUUGAAGAGGGAUGAUAGCGAGACAGGCGGAGGAGCGUGGAGGAGGGGUCACUGCUCUGUGGUGUGGCAUGCUGUGUGCAUGUUUGGAGCUUGUUCCCGUAGAAGAAGAAAAUCCCAGCUCACUUCUGUCAACCUUUUGGGUUCAAAAGACUCAGCUCUGAUGCAUGCCAGCAGUGUUUUGGUUCUAAAUUUUGAUCAUUUCAUAUAGUGUGUAAAAAAAACUAAAAUAUAUACAAUGCACAUAUAGAGAAAAGUGGCACACUUACAGUAUUUACAUGUUGGUUCUUGUUGGGAGUGUCUGUAGACGUUGAUAACUUAUUUCCUGGGUCUGAAAGAAGGGAAAAGAGAAUGUAUAAACAAAGGUUGCAGUUUUAUGGUGUGUCAAAAAUUAUAUAAGGGAUACAAUGAUAAUAGAUCAGAGUAAUGUUGGAUACAUGAACGUGUAGAGCCUUCUAAGACAAUUCAAAUGCAUAUUUGUUAAUUUCCCCUUUUCUGUGUUGAUCACUUAUGUGUAAAAUGUGAGAAAAAUGUAGAGUUUACACUGGCAUGAAAAAUUAUUCUUUUUGAUUCAUAUUUGACGUGAGGCUUGAUUGAUGCUCAGUCAUAUGUGCAUGCCUUUACCUUUGUAAUUAUGACCCAUGGAUUACAAUAAAAAGUCAUUUAAAAAGUGA